AUGAAUUAUAUUGAUUAAGGCUCUGCUCUUUCAAGAAAGGUUCCCAAUCGAAAAUUGUCUAAGAAGAAUUCUUUGUUUUAUCAACAAUCGGUUUUUGAGAAUGAGGAAUUUAUGUAAAAGUAUGAAAAGAAUGUGGAUCAAUUAAUCACAGUGAUUGAAGAGCCAGAAUUGAAAGAAGUGAUCCAAAAUAGAAAUGAGAGGUUUUUUUAGGUUUUGGAGCAAAUAAUCAAGGUGGAAUCAUCAAUUAAGGAGUUUGCUAAAGGGUAUUAAAAGUAUGGAUUUAUUGUAUCUGAUACAGGAAUAACUUAUAGAGAAUGGGCACCAAAUGCAAAAGAAUUAAAAUUGAAUGAAUUUGGCUGCACUACUGACAAUGGAGGAAAUUGGGAAGUAUUUAUACCAAAGGAUGAUGAUGAUAAUCAUUAAAUCUAACAUGGAAGCACUCUUAUCACGUACUGUGACUAACUCGAAAGAGCUUCAGUAUGGAGUAGUGUAAAGAAGGGAGAGUAAGCAAUAUUUUGGAAUCCAGACAACAAGUACGAAUUUCAAUAAUAACAAUUGCAACAAAAGCAGCAAAGCAAAGGGUUAAAGGUCAUCAAGUAGAAGGCAACAGAAUUAUAAGGAGUGAAUGGAUACAAUACAAUAAUGAUUACACAAUAAUUACUAAUGCAAGUGGAUGUAAAUUAAAUAACACCAGACGACUUGAAAAGAAACAUAGAUACUCUUCAUCAAAAGGGUUUUUCUGUAAUAAUGGAGAUUGACCAUGAUUUGAUAGGAAAACACUUGAAUAAUUGGGAUGGAUCUGGAUAUCAAUACUUAAGAGAGGGAGUAGAACAGUUGGAUUAUGGAAAAUGGGAAGUGUUGAGAUUAUUGUUGUCAAACAUAUCAUUUUGGAUCACUGAAUAUCAAAUAGACGGAUUUAAAUUUACUAAUAUAGAAAUAUAGGAUGAUAUUGACGCAACAGUAUACUUGAUGCUUGCUAAUGAUCUGAUUCACGACUUGUUACCCUAUGGCAUUAGCAUCAUCUAAGAGUUGGAUUAUCCAGUUCUCUGUAGAACAAUUAAAGAGGGAGGCUUGGGUUUUGAUUUUCGACUAUCUAAGUUACAUCAUAAAUAAUACAAACCUAAGACACUUUUUGAGAAUACUGGAAUGUAUACUUAAGCUUAAAUCUUGAAUGCUCUUGUCAUUGGUUCAGGAUUGAUAUAAGAGAUUGCAGAUGAUAAAUUUGUAUAAUUUGAACAAUAAUUUGGGUGGUUGCAUGAGGAUUUUGCAGAAGUCAAUGAAGUAGAUUCUGUGUUGCAAAUUAAAAGGGGGAACUUUACAUUUUUGAUAAAUCAUACGAAUGAAAACAGAGAAAUUGUAUUGAAUUUAAAGAUAAACAAGAUCUUAAAUAAGGAAGAUCAAAAGUGGGAAUAGUUGGAUGAAAAUACAAUAAAAUUAACAAUUGAGUCAGAAUAGGGAUUGAUAAUUGAGUGA